AUGGAAAGUCUGGCGCCUUGGAGUGGGUUGGCGCUUGAGCACUGGGAGGUGGUACUUGAUGAGGAUAAGAGCGUUCUUGCUCAGACUCCUCAUUGGCGAGUACGUAAAGGCACUUGCAGCGGUGCAAGCGUCGUAUUGUACUCCUGUCGCUCCACUCCUCUGAAGCUGGAGCUUUGGUCGGUUGCGCUUGAAACAUUGCAACAGUUUGUCGCUCCAUAUCCCCACCCCAACAUUGUCCAGUAUCUGGGCGUGGUGACGCCAUCGGAGCGAUGUCAAAGUGGCGCAUCACCAAACGGAUGCGUCGUCAUGGAAUGUCUGCCAAUAAGUAUGUACGAUGUGCUGCAUCGUGACAAUAUCUCUUUAUCGCGUCGCGAGAUCGCUGGGAUUGCUAUCCAGAUUCUUCAUGGACUAGUGUUUCUCCAUGGAAAACAACAAAGCUUGGGUGUAUGUCUGACCAGCAAAAAGGUGAUGCUGGAUGGAUCCAACGGCGUAAAGCUGCGUCGAUUUGGUUUAGAAUUCGUGUUACGGUCCGGUAAAGCUCCAGCUCAACUAUCGACUACCGCGUUCAAGACUACCUACGAAAUGGCUACAGGAUGUCGACAACCAGCGAAGUCUUCAACUGGUCCAGCCAUGUUGAGUACUGAUGGCUCAGAUGAUGCCAAGUUCACGACAAUAACACAAGACCUCUUCGCUUUCGGUGUGCUUCUGCUAGAGAUGUGUGUAGGCGAGAAGCCCACGAGUGAGCUGUUCAACCGCAUCUCGUGUGCCAAACAAGUUGACCCAGUUUUCUACAAUGUGCUGCAGUUGACGCUCUCACUAACUGGAGUUAUCGCGACUGAAAAUCAUCGAAAGAAGUUUGCGCCGGUUACUGCGGACGCUCUACUGGAUAUGCUGACUGCAAACGAGCAGCAACGAGCUGUAGAAGAGCAGCGGCUGUCAGCGUCAGCAUUCCCUUGUUUCCUGAAUGCCGAUCGAUAUUUUGCAAGACUAGAAGACGAGCAAGUCGAGGUAAAAGUACGCGAACGAGAUCGCAGAGGAGAGAUCGAUCUCAAGCGACUUGCAGCUGUUGAGAAAGAGCUGCUUGAGGAGCAGAAGAACUUCUCCAUACUCGUCCUUCAACUGGAGCAAUCGCAGAAAGAGAAAGCGCAAAAAGCGGAGGAGAACCGGCGCCUUCAGGCACAACUUCAAACUGUUAAGCAGAUCAAACGUGAAGGUGACGAGGAGAUCGAACGGCAGCAGACUAAAGCUCAAGAACAAGCCGAGCGAUUCGAAGCAUUGAAGCUGUCUUUAGACGAAGCGCAGCGAAAAGUGGAGACGUUGCAAGUGGCAAGGAUCAGUGACGCAGAAGAGAAACAAGGUCUUCUCUUCAAGAUCCUUAAGCUGAAAGAAGAUAAACGGAAGCUUGUAACGGAGAAAGAAGAGCUCGAAGCAGAGAACGUGGCGAUUACGCGUAAAGUGGGUGGAGAGAAGGAUACGCUCGAAGAUCUUGAGGGUCGAUUGGCUCAAGCGAUUCACCGUUGGAAAGAGGAGCAGCAUGUGCGAAGGAGAGCGGAACGACAAGCAGAACGUACCAGUCGUCAACUUCUGCUAAUGGAGGAGGAACGGUGCAAAUACUCGAGUGUGCUUCAGCAGAGCCCCACGGGCAAACGCGCCCCUCAAGCAUCGCUUCCGUAUGUGCUUGCACUCAAGGAAAAGGAGAUCGAGGAGCUGUCUCGCCAACUCCAAGACGCUCUUGAAGGUCAAACAGCGUUGCAGGCAGAUGUGGCUCGCCUCGAAGCUGAUUGUGGUCGUAUCAAUGUUGAGAAAGAGACAUUACUGUCGCAGCAAGACGAAGCACAACACGAGCUGCUUACACUGAAAUCUCACAUAAAAGACGAUGAAGAUGUCGUUGCUACACUGCGCGAUCAACUCGAGGGUGCUAGUCAGGAGAUCGAGAGCUUGAAGAGCAGAAUCGUUGAUUUUGAGGAAGAACUGGAGCGACAAGCGAAGAAGAAAGCGGACGAAGAGAAGGCACGCAAAUUACGGCAAUGUUUGACGCCUCAGUGCGAUGCACCUCGAUAUCUCGUCGGCACCUCGGGAUACUGCAAAGAGUGCGAAGAGCGAACUGGUCGAAGCUCUACUACUAGGGAUGUCAAGCAGCAGCGACAUCGACGUCAUCGCAGCUGGGAUGAUGCGAAUAUCGGCGGCAUUGCAGUGCGCAAGAGCGUCAAGAACAUCCCUGUUAUGAAUAUCGUCCGUGUUCUCAAUGGAGAGGGCAGUGAGGACUCACGAGUCGAAGGCCCCGACGAACAGCAACUGCUUGAAGCUCUUAAACAACUCACUUCGAUGUUGAAGACCGACGAAGGACUAAAAGAUGACCUUCCCGAGUGUCUAGUGAUCAAAUCGGUGCUCGCUCUAAUGCACCAGCAGAAAAGUAGCCUCGUGCUUCAAUUAGAGUGUUGCCGGUGUCUAAGUGUGGUAGUCUUCAGCCAUGAUCGGAACCGUCUUAUCGUCGUAGCAGAAGGUGGCGUUGACCCAGUGCUAGCAGCCAUGAAGAGUUUCCACUUAGAGCAUAAGAUGCAAGAAACGAGCUGCGUGCUGCUCACAAAUCUGGCGCAUAAUUGUGAAACCAACCGCAAACGCAUUCUGGAUGCUGGUGGGAUCGAUGCCGUGCUGCAAGCCAUGCAAGCAUUUCCUGAACAUUGCGGCGUGCAAAAGCGUAGUUGCUGGGCUCUGCUGACGCUGGCAGGAUCAGAUUUGAUGUGUGACAGCAUUGCGAUGCAAGGCGGCCUUGGUGCUAUCAUUGCAGCGAUGUUGAACUGUCCAGCAGACGAACAGGUUCAGUAUUACGGGAGCUGGGCUUUGGUCAACCUGCUCUCUGGAACCGAACGAUUGCUAGCUUUUGCACGUCGUGAGGGUGUCCGGGAAGUUGCUGAAGCAGCAUGCGCGUGUUAUCCUGGCCAUGAAGGAAUUCAGGAGAAGACUCUUGAAAUUCUGCGGUUGCUUGGCUGA